AUGUAAAAACUGACCAUUAUUUCAGGAUGUCUGUUUCUGGCUGCCGAUAUUUUCGCCAUCGCCAGCAUCGCCAACCCGGACUGGAUCAACACCGGCGAGUCUGCGGGUGCUCUCACGGUGGGUCUUGUCAGGCAGUGUCAGACCAUACAUGGACGUGACAGGAUCUGUAUUCCUCCCAGGCUCCCACCGGAGUGGGUUACAACACUAUUUUUCAUCAUCAUGGGAAUCAUAUCAUUGACUGUUACAUGUGGUUUGCUAGUGGCAUCCCACUGGAGGAGAGAAGCUACAAAAUAUGCUCGAUGGAUAGCAUUUACUGGCAUGAUACUUUUCUGUAUGGCAGCAUUAAUAUUCCCCAUAGGAUUUUACAUCAAUGAAGUUGGUGGACAACCUUACAAACUGCCCAACAAUACCGUAGUUGGGUCCUCUUAUGUACUUUUUGUUUUAUCCAUUUUCUUUACUAUAGUGGGACUAUUAUUUGCAGGCAAAGUAUGUUUACCUGGCUGAUGUAUAGGGGGAUCCACAAGACCUUUUUAUUGCAAUGAACAUUCUAUAUUUGUCGGGAGGGGAGGAGGGGAAGGGGUUCUUUGAAACCUCCAAGGACAUUUGCCUUCUCAGGAGAACACCUGAAAAGGGACAAGAGAACGGAGAAGAUAUUAGACAUUAACAUGUUCUCACUAUGCACUUUGGAUCAAAUGGAGAGCCUUUCUUUCCACAACCAAAUACAAAUAUCAUAGACUGAUCUCCUGAGCAUAUUUAUGCCGUCAGGUCUGCACUGUGACGUGGACUCGUGAUGAACGCUUUACACUGACAAGCAAAACUGACCUUUAUUACUGUACCCAACUUCUGUUUUCAUUGUCUGCAAGAAUAGGAAAUGAAGAGUAAACCAAGAGUAUUUAUGAACUUUGUCUAUGACCUAGGAGCAUUUCAAAGCCAAGUGGGGCUGGCCUCACUUUAAGAGAGAUGAUUCAUUCGAGGAUAAACAGCACAGAGAUUUGGUAGCCGAAGAGUCCCCAACACUACGGAACAUACAGCUCAAAGUCUGUUCAACCCCUGUGAUUUCCUUUGGCUGAAAGCUUGGCUUUACGAAAUGGCUGUGCUUUGGCCACUUUUAUGCGCUUUUUGGUUCAACUGUCCAGCUAUAG